CGAGAAAAUAUCCCCUUCCCGCUGGGGUUAGACCAUCAGACCCGCCUCAUGCCUUUCUAAACCCUUCACUGCUUUCCCGCAAACCAUUGUUUGCUUCGCUGUAAUAGUCCAGUCCAAUCCAGUGUCUUAGGCUGCAUUGCGUUCCCUGACGGCUGCUGUUUCCUCCGCCGACACCGAGCCGGAAGCCGGCAAGUAUGUCGGAAUGGAAGCUUCGCGUGGUGUCGCUGCUGCCAGCCGCGACGGACUCCGUGUCGGCCUUGGGAAUGACGAGCGUGCUGGCUGCGCGUACGCACGAGUGCGACGCACCAGGUACGGAGUCCGUUCCUGUCUGCACCGAGCCUAAGCUAGGCCCGGCAGCCGGAGGCUCGGCCGAGUCUGCAAUGUCCCAAGCCGAGGUGCACAUGGCGAUUUCCACUCUCCGAGCCUCCGCGGCCUGGCAGCUCGCGUUCCUGCCCCCCCUGCCACCACCGCGUGUUACUUCUCCUGCUGUUUCUGGUAGUGACAGUGCUGCUGCUGGUGGUGCUGGUGCUGGUGGUGCUGGUGCUGGUGGUGGUGCUGGUGCUGGUGGUUCUGACUCGGCUCCCGCCUCGCCUCGAGCGUCGAACCCCUCGUUCGACCUGCUACUGGAGUGGUUUCUGUCACCCUAUCGCGUAGACGUCAGCAUGCUGAAGCGGCUCCGACCAGACGUCAUUCUCACGCAGCUACAAGAGGAACCCGAGGUACUCUCUAAAGAGGAUGUUCAAAACGUGCUUUCUCAUGUGCUAGGCUCUCGCAUCAGGAUCGUUCAUCUCGACCCUCCAUCCCUUGUCGAGGCUAUCAACGACGUCCGUCGGAUCGGCACCGCUCUCGGCCAAUCACAGCAUGCCGAAUCCACCGUCAAAGACCUCAUGCAACGAAUCCAGACCGUCCGCGGGAUGUGCGCGGGCAGACCGAGAAAAAAAGUUGUGUGCAUCCAAUGGCUGGAUCCGAUUUUCCUGGCGGGUGCUUGGGUCCCAGACCUGGUCCGAUUGGCUGGAGGGGUGGGGUCGGAAAGUUCCAGGAUGGUGCAGGAAGGGGAGCUGCAGGAUCUAGUGAGAUCUGCGGAUGCGGUGAUCUUCGCAGUGUGCGGCUGUGAUCUGCCCACCUCCAUUGCUACAGUGAAACGAGAGGCUGUGCAAAAAUGGCAAAUGUUCCGGAACGGAGCAGCAGCAGCAGCAACAGGAGGAGCAGGAGGGGCAGGAGGAGGGAUAGCUACAGUAGCUACAGCAGCAGCACAUAAGCAACUGCCGAACCUCCCUGCCAUGGCUGUAGUGGAAGCGGCGAAGCUGUUCUCCAGGCCCGGGCCGAGCCUCGUGGAGUCCCUGGAAGUGCUGGCAGAGAUUCUCCACCCCGAGACUCAGAGGUUCGGGCACAGACACAGGUGCUGGAGCGAGCUUGGUGCUCCUGUUGUGCUAUGACAGGCUACCGAUCGGCGAUCCAGGAUGUUUGAGAUGCAUUCGCGGUGCAAACGUGCUUUGGGACCUCUCACCUACAUAGAGCAGACAAGUGCAGUCUCGGGAAGUGCCGUGGGGGUUCUUCACCCGGGACUCAGAGGUUUGGGCACAAACACUAAGUGCUGGAGUGAACUGGCCAUGUGAGACGGAGACACCUCGGGAAGGGAGACUCGACUCGACCCUUUACAUGUGUCUGAUGAAUGUCUGAUUCGAGUGCCUGGUGUGUUUGCCUAGGGAAGUCCCUGGAUGGAGAGGUGACUUUUGAGUCGACUCAAAAGUCACCUCGUCAGUCGAUUCGUGUGCCUGGUGUGUUUGCUUAGUUAAGUCCCUGGAUGGAGAGGAGCAAGCUGGCAUUGUUGUGAGGCGUAUAAAGAGUAUAGGUACUUCAAUAGGUUAGCCCUGCCUUCAGAGCAGUCGCUUGGCUUGACUUGCUGCCGGGGGGGUGGUUGUUCACUCUUCUUCACCCCAGAAUCAGGAGGUUCAGGCAGCCAGUCAGACGCCAAGUGUGGCGUGGAUCUGACUUCUGGUGGGGUGGGGAUUUCCACCCUAAACGUCAAGAGGUUCUGGCAGACAGUUGUGCUGGAGUGAAGUAUG